CACCUGACAUGUGUUCCAGGUGAGGUUCAGUAAGGCUGCUCUUGGCUCCAGCAAGCAGAAGAAGAUGGGUCAGGCUCAAUUCUCUACGAGUCCUCAGGUGGUCAUCAUUGGCCUGGACUCUGCUGGGAAGUCCACGCUGCUGGCCCAACUGCUCACAGGACAGAUGGUGAAAACGUCUCCCACUGUGGGCUUCAAUGUGGGAAAUCUGGACGUGGACAAGAAGACGUCUCUAACUGUGUGGGACGUUGGUGGACAGGAGAACAUGAGACCCAACUGGAAGUACUACCUGGAUGACUGCAAGGCUCUGGUGUUUGUGGUGGACAGCACCGACAGGGCUCGCAUGGCCGAGGCCCAGAAGGCUCUGAAGAAAGUUCUGAGUGAUGAGAGGCUGAAGGGAGUUCCACUGAUGGUUCUAGCCAACAAGAAGGAUCUCCCCAACUCCAUGACCAUACGAGAGGUGUCCACCCAGCUGGACCUUCCCAGUUACUCCCCAGACAGAGAGUGGGAGAUCCAGGCCUGCAGUGGUCUGAAGGGACUAGGUCUACAGCAGGCCUUCAUGUCCGUCAGCAAGAUGAUCAAGAAGAGCUGAAAGGGGGAAGAGGAGGAUCUGGGGCAGGUCUGCAGGACUGGACAAUAGGAAUGUUUUGUUCACCAGAUUUUAUUUAUAAAAUUGGAUUUAAACACAGGCUGUGAUGAUGGACACUUCUGAUGGUGAUGAUUAAAUUUCACUUGAAAUCA